AUGCCAUCCAGCGGGAAGCUAAAAGCGGCAGGGAGAAAGAGGCCCUAUUGGUUGGAGGCAAACGGGGACCUACUUCGGAGGGUAACACUUACCAACGCAGAGACGUAUGACUACAACCGGGCAUACGAAUUGGUUCCGAAGGCGCUUACAUCGAGGCCCAUUGUUCGAUGCAAAGCUCGCUGCACAUCAGAUGCGAUCAAGCUGAAGAAAGCAUCAACAUUCGGUGCCCAGCCGCCACGAAAAGUGUACCUAUACAAAGAUAUAGAAAGGUUUUACUCGUUCGCUAACAACCCAGGAAUCUUAAUUUUAGGAUGCAUGGAUCCAGAGCGGAGGACGCGUAGUUAUGAGUUCUUCAAAUUUGAAGAUAGGAAUGUCCAGGAGAUUGGCGAUAUAAUUAAUCGAGCGCGAAAGCAUCCCAUGUGCAUUCUAAUGGAUGACGAAGGUUCCAUGGAUCGUUACCAGUCAUCGAAAUCUAGCUUGACUGGUGAGCCAGAAGCUGUGCAUGACUUAGCCGAGGCAGGAGGUGAGGAAGAAAUGAGACACCCGAUGGAAUCGCCAUCAACAAUGGUGAAUGACCAAGUGACGGGAGACCAAAAUGAGGUGGCCAGCGUUGGACACACGCCCAAAGACUUAGAGCGAUCGAGUCCCAUCCAUGCUACCGAACCCCAGGAAGAGGAUACUGGACAGGAAGAUAGUCAUUCAACUGAGCACUUCGUUUCUCACGAUGAUAAGACGCAUAAUCCGAUUCCCGUUCACCUGCUCUCAGACCCAUUGUUCAGGACGCUUUGCGAGCAUAUCAAGGAGGAGGAUGUUUGGGCUGUGGACUUCAAGUACGUUGGGAACCACCCCAAAUACGGCAGCCAAAUAGAUCGGAGAGGUGGAACUUAUUUGUUUGUGGCACACCACAAAUAUCCGGAACACGUCAGUGAUGAGAACCCUCUCUCUUUAGAUCAAGAUUUUGAGAAUAGAGCAGAAACGGCUUUCACGGUCAGUUAUCUCGAACGCUGA